UCAUUACUUUGAAGAUAAGAUAAUAUAUCAAGACUAUACCAGUUUUUCAUAUUUAGCCGCCAUGUUCAGUUUAGUUCGCGGUGUUGUGGUUGCAAAAAUGUUGUAUAUAUUUAUAAUAAUGACAAGUUAGUGAGCCACCAAGAUAAUAAUUAAGAUUUUUAUUAACCAUAAUGCUAAUUCCGAAGAAUACAUCAAAUGUAAUACAAUGUGUAACAUGCGGUGCUGAAAAUCAUAAAAAUAUAUCUAUGCAGGACUGUGUCAAAAUUAAUAAUUUGUUUACAAAGUUUGUUCCUGAUUUCACCUUUCAACAAAUUAAAGAUUGUGAAAAUUUAUUUCAAAAAAGUUUACUGAGCUUGAGUUGUGCUCAGUGUUGGAAAUUGACACGUGCCAUAUGUGAUUUUCGUAUGAGGUCUCUGAUAAGCUCUAACAAGCUUCGGAUGAGAUACGUACAGGGAGAAAGCGAGCGGCAGACGCAAUCAUCUGCUGAGGAGAAUUGGUUGAAAAUUAUUGAUGUCAUAUCUCAGAGUGGCAGAAAUAUCUUUCUAUUCUCGCACCAUGUUCCUAAUGCGUUUCCAUGGAUGUUCUCGCACCAUGCAUCCUAA